AUGGAUGGUAUUCACACUCUUCAGCAGCAACUCGUCGAGCAGAAGAACAAGAUCGUCGAAUCCAUUUAUUUGCACAAGAGGCUCGUAUCGCCUCUUUGGCGCUUGCCAACUGAAAUCCUGUCUCAAAUAUUUUACCACUGUCUCCCGCAAAUCACAGAACCCCAUCAAUUCCAGGCCCCAUCAAAGCUAACUGCACCUAUGCUGUUGACCAGAAUAUGUCGACGGUGGAGGGAGGUUGCUGUGGGCAUGCCAAACUUGUGGUGUGUGCUGUCUGUGGAAGUUGACGACAGAAAUUGGCAGCAGGUAGCCUUCUGCUACGACUCUUGGCUCAAACGAACACGAGAACGACCACUCUCGUUAAAAAUCCACUUCCACGCAGUUGAUCACUCGACCAAGCUACGACGCCUUCUUCAGCCUUACAUCAAUCAAAUUUCAUCUCUCUCUGUUGAAUUUUACCAUCGCAAAACACCUGCACUUAAUAUGUUCAGAGAACUCCUAGCACUCGAGGAGAUUUUUGUGUAUGAGGAUAUCUCUGGUCGUGAUAUGCCAGCUAGUAUUCCACGCUCUACCUCGUCGCAACUGCCGUCCACUAUGUGCAGUCUCUAUGUGAUAGGGUGGUUACUCAACCUCGACGACUUGUCCUCUUGCAAUCCCGUAUGGGCCCAUCUGACAACGCUCGGGAUCGCAGUACGGACAGAAAAAGCUGUCCCCCACUUGCUCCAGCUAGCUCCCAACCUAUCAUCGUUAAUGAUUUGCAUAUUAUUCGUUGACAGCGAACCGUUAAUGCCAUUCACACACCCAAACCUCCAAACCUUGACCAUUUUUUAUAAAUGUUAUGAUGUCCCAGAGCCCAAAUUCUGCGACCUGCUCAAUACUCUCUCACUCCCCACUCUACACGUACUUAUUGUUUACAAUGUACCACAGUGGCCUCACGAGGAGUUCAAGGCAUUCUUGGCACAGUUAGGGUCUCCACUGGAGAGUCUGAUCAUCAGAGGUAGUGUGAUGAUAGAUGAGCAGCGAGCGGAAUACGUUGCCCUUGUUCCUUCAUUCCAAUAUGUAUUGCCGUGGCAGCCAUGUUGA